UUUGGAAGUUGCGAUCUACGGACACACUAAAGGGGAGUGAAAAUUGAUUUUCUGAUAAAAAUUUUCGCUUGUAGUUUUUUUUGGCAAUUCCUCUGGUGGCAAACUUUCCGUGCAGGAUCCAAAUAGCCCAUACAGGACCUCCUAGCAGAGAGCGCACAAGAUGAUCGGCGGCCUGUUCGUCUACAACCACAAGGGCGAGGUGCUCAUCUCGCGAGUUUAUCGCGAUGACAUCGGCCGCAAUGCUGUGGACGCCUUUCGGGUCAACGUCAUCCACGCCCGCCAGCAGGUUCGCUCUCCGGUGACCAACAUCGCUCGGACCAGCUUCUUUCACAUUAAGCGGGCGAAUAUCUGGUUGGCUGCUGUGACCAAGCAGAAUGUCAAUGCUGCCAUGGUUUUUGAGUUCCUGCUGAAGAUAAUCGAGGUGAUGCAGUCGUAUUUCGGCAAGAUUUCCGAGGAGAACAUCAAGAACAACUUCGUCCUAAUCUACGAGUUGCUUGACGAGAUCCUGGACUUCGGCUACCCGCAGAACACCGAUUCUGGAACCUUGAAGACCUUCAUCACGCAGCAGGGCAUCAAGUCGGCCACUAAGGAGGAGCAGAUGCAAAUCACAUCGCAGGUUACCGGCCAGAUCGGCUGGCGGCGAGAGGGCAUCAAGUACCGACGCAACGAGCUCUUCCUGGACGUGCUAGAGUACGUUAACUUACUAAUGAGCCCUCAGGGCCAGGUGCUGUCUGCUCACGUUGCCGGCAAGGUGGUUAUGAAAUCAUAUCUGUCAGGCAUGCCCGAAUGCAAAUUCGGCAUUAACGACAAGAUUGUGAUGGAGUCAAAGGGUCGUGGCUUGUCCGGCAACUCCGAGGCGGAAACCUCGCGUUCUGGAAAGCCUGUUGUCGUCAUCGAUGAUUGCCAGUUCCAUCAGUGCGUCAAGCUGAGCAAGUUCGAGACGGAGCACUCGAUCAGCUUCAUCCCGCCGGACGGGGAGUUCGAACUGAUGCGCUACCGCACUACCAAAGACAUUUCACUGCCGUUCCGAGUCAUUCCACUGGUGCGCGAGGUAGGACGAACCAAGAUGGAGGUGAAGGUGGUGCUCAAGUCCAACUUCAAGCCCUCGCUACUGGGCCAAAAGAUCGAGGUUAAGAUCCCGACACCGCUCAACACUUCUGGCGUGCAGUUGAUCUGCUUGAAGGGUAAGGCCAAGUACAAGGCCUCGGAGAAUGCCAUCGUGUGGAAGAUAAAGCGCAUGGCUGGAAUGAAGGAGACUCAGUUGUCUGCCGAGAUUGAACUGCUCGAAACAGACACCAAGAAGAAGUGGACUCGGCCGCCCAUUUCGAUGAACUUCGAGGUGCCGUUCGCGCCAUCCGGCUUCAAGGUGCGUUACUUGAAGGUGUUUGAGCCCAAACUGAACUACUCCGACCACGACGUCGUCAAAUGGGUGCGUUAUAUCGGACGCAGUGGUCUCUACGAGACUCGCUGUUAGUGCGGAUGCUUGGAGCAAUCCAUGAGCAUGAGUAUCACAGUUGAAUUUACCGACAUGAAAAUAAGAGAACGUGUUACGUGUACCGCAUUCAUUGGUAUUUCCUCAAUCAAAUUGAACCAGCAGUUAUUGUAUUCCAAGAUUAGUUCCAGAACUCUGGCUAUCCGCAGUUUCCGGAUGUUCCAGAUAUCAUAUGCCGUAUAGACAUACCACUAGCUACUAUUAUUUACCCUAUCUUGUAAUUGUAAACUAUGUUGUUUUUAAAAUCGUCGCCUCGCGGGACGGCCCUCAAAUCUCACGCUCUCGUUUCACAAUUUCUGAUUAUUAUUUGUAUUAUCUUAUAAUUAUACAUAAAUAUUAUAUAUUAUUUCAUUGUGCAAAGAACAAAGGCGACAAAUGCAACUAAGCGUGUUUAGUAGACCAAAACUCUCUGUCAGCGCUAUCAAUAUUGAUAUUCAAGUGUUAAUAAUAUUCGAAUUGUUUAAUAAAUAGCAAGAUAUAUAUACUAA